AUGCCGCCACCAUCACCAGCAGCAGCCCUAUCCUCAUCCUUCUGGCCUUCAGCAGAUGCCGUUGCCGUCAGCGAUGACGGCUAUGGCCAUGGCCACAGUGGCAGCCGCGUCGACGAAGCGAGAUCAUCGAGGCGGCUGUUCUCGUGCCUCUUCUGCAAGAAGUUCCUCAAGUCGCAGGCGCUGGGAGGCCACCAGAACACGCACAAGAAGGAGAGGGUCGGCAGCUGGAACGCCCACCUCUACCUCCAAGCUGACCACGACGACCAGCCGGCCACCCGGACGGCUACGGUGCCGGCAAGGAGCUGGCGGCGCGCGUGCCUCGAGGACCACGAGAAACAGAUGCUUCUACCGCAGCAUCUUGAUCUCAACCUUAAGCUUUAA